CUAAUUCUGGAGGUUCCACCUGCCUUUCCCUCCAGUCGGCUUCAUUCACAGCAGGAUGAGCGGGCGAGUUGGAGACCUGAGCCCCAAACAGGCCGAAAUACUCACUGAGUUCCGGGGGCGGAUCCAGGACGUCCUCGCCGAGCUGCCGGCGCAGCACGACCACUACCUGCUCCGCUGGCUCCGAGCUCGCAGCUUCAAUGUGCAGAAAUCUGAAGCCAUGAUCAGAAAGCACCUGGAGUUCAGGAGGAAGAUGGAGGUGGACUCCAUCAUCACCGACUGGAAGCCUCCAGAGGUGAUCGAGCGGUACGUGUCGGGGGGGAUGUGUGGGUUCGACCGUGAGGGCAGUCCCAUCUGGUAUGAUGUCAUCGGCCCGCUGGACCCCAGAGGCCUGUUGCUAUCGGCAACCAAGAGGGACUUCCUGAAGACCAAGAUCCGGCACACGGAGAUCCUGCACCGCGAGUGUAGGAGGCAGUCGGAGAAGCUGGGUGAGGUCAUCGAGGCCGUUUCUCUGAUCUAUGACUGUGAAGGACUCGGACUGAAGCACGUCUGGAAACCUGCGAUUGAGACUUACGGAGAGGUCCUCACCAUGUUUGAAGAGAACUACCCAGAAGGACUGAAGAGGGUGUUUCUCAUCAAAGGUGCUUCUUCUUCUUCUUCUUCUUCUUUUUCUUCUUCAUCAUCCCUCGUUUCUGCUGCAGCUCCCAAAAUGUUCCCGAUGGCCUUCAACCUCAUCAAACACUUCCUGAGCGAGGCGACAAGGAGGAAGAUCCUCGUCCUAGGGAGAAAUUGGCAGGAAGUGUUGCGCAACCACAUCGACCCCGACCAGCUUCCUGUCGCCUACGGAGGAACCAGGACCGACCCGGAUGGAGACCCCCACUGCAGGAGCAUGAUCAAGUAUGGCGGCGUGGUUCCCGCCUCCUUCUACCUCCGUGACUCGGUGUUGGUUCAGUACGACAGCAGCGUGAAGGUCAGCAGAGGCUCCGCCUUCCAGCUGGAGGUGGAGGUGACGGAGGCCGGCAGCCUCUUGAGGUGUCAGUUCUGCAGCGACGGCGCUGACGUCGGGUUCGGCGUGUUCCGGCGGCCCGGUGACGUCGCCCCGGGUCAGAAGGUGUCCGACAUGGUGCCGGUGCUGCCGAGCGAGCGCUACAACGCUCACCUGGUGCCGGAGGACAGCCAGGUCACCUGCCCAGAGACCGGCGCCUACGUGCUGUGCUUUGACAACAGCUACAGCAUCCUGCAGUCCAAGAAGGUCAGCUACAAGGUCGAGGUGCUUCCUCCUGGUGACGGACCGCCGCCGAGUCCUCGAGGCAAAGGAGACCGGAGGCUGCAGUGAUGGAGAGCACGGACCACCAAUCACAUACCAAUCACCACCAAUCACCACCAAUCACUACCAACCAUCCCCAAUCACCACCAAUCACCACCAAUCACCAUCAAUCAUCCCCAAUCACUACCAAUCAUCACCAAUCACCACCAAUCAUCCCCUAUCACCACCAAUCACUACCAAUCAUCCCCAAUCACCACCAAUCAUCACCAAUCAUCCCCAAUCGCCACCAAUUACCACCAAUCACCACCAAUCAUCACUAAUUACCACCAAUCAUCACUAAUUACCACCAAUCACCAUCAAUCAUAACCACCAAUAACCACCAAUAACCACCAAUAACCACCAAUAACCACCAAUAACCACCAAUAACCACCAAUAACCACCAAUAACCACCAAUCAUCAUUUGUGAUACAAAACAUCCACAAAGAGACCAAAACAACCACUAAGUGAUCUACAACAACAACAACAACAACAACAAAAGACAAUAAACAAUGAUGUCAUUGUCCAGCCUCGUGACUCCAGGACAUUUUAGAGAAGUCACCGCCGCGUUGUGUUUAAACUUAACAACAAGAGACGGAUGUCGAAUAAGAAGAAGAAGAAAGACGUCUUCAAAAUUAAUUUAUUCAUAUUGUUUGACUAUUAUUGGAUCGUUAUGUAAUGUGUUGAAAUGUAGGAUGUCUAAAAACACCAAUAAACUAAAUCCUGUGAACUCGA